CACUAGACAUCAACACUAGAAAUCCAAAACAUGAGUUCUGCAACGGGUAGAUCGACGGAUGUGUGUGGUUUGUUUUUCUCAUCAGAUCAUGGUCAAAACUGAUCAACCGAUGGAUCAGACCCGCGGUUGCAACCUUAACCGUGACCAUAAAAAACAAACAAACCAAACCAUAGCAGCCGCCGUAAAGGAGAAGGAGUAGUGCAUUUCGACAUAAAAAGGGUAAAAGCAGAACUCUUCGAGCUCCGUGCUGUUUUCUUUGUUUCCAUGUUGCAAUCCCAAACUCCGCCUUCAAUCCGUCUGUCAACGCUAUGUCCACCGAGAGAUGCAGCACCUUGGAUCGGGAUCCGCCGCUGAGCGAACAACUCCUUGGUGGCGGUUCCCGAAAACGAGAACGAAUCGGUUCAGACCCAAAUCCUCUGAUCCGCAAGCUCGGCCCUGAUCUCCUCGUAGAGAUUCUGAUUCGCCUCCCGGACCCUAGAUCCGCCUGCCGCUGCAAAAUCGUCUGCCAGCUGUGGAGGUCCGUCAUCUCCGAUGCCUCCUUCAACCGCCGUUUCGUUUCUCACCACCAGAUCAUGACCUCGGACGAUCUCAAAUCCGUCGUCCUCAGCUUCCUGCCUCCGAUGCCUAAUGGGGUUAAAGACCGAGACGCGCUCAGAGUUUUGCACUGCGACAAGGACCUGGUUUUGUGCGGGUUUUGGGAUAAAGCUCGCGACAAUGGGGAAUACGGCAGAUCGUACCUCGUCUGCAAUCCGUUGACGAAGCAGUGGCAUGGUCUUCCUUUGGCGCCCAGGAAGUUGAUUGAGUAUUUAUUUCCGGUCACAAGGUUAGUUUGCGAAUCCCAAACAUCUGGGAAUAGUAGGUUCCGGGUGGUUUGUAUGUAUCAACGGCUCACGCCGGUAUCGAUAAGACUAGACGUGUUUUGUUCGGAGUCUGGAGAAUGGAUUAAGGAUGCUCUUGUCCGCGAUGGUCAUAUGAAAUGGGGGAUAAAAAAUGUAGUUUCUUGCAAGGGGGAGUUGUUUUGGAAGUAUAAAGAAUUCCCCGGCAAGAAGGAUGAAUUCGUUGAUGUGUUCAAUCCGUUCCGGCUUGAUAUGCCUCCCGCUUCCAUUGAUGUCUCUGAGUUUGUUGCGAAACCGGGCUGGUCUCUUGCAGUCUCUCAGGACGCUCUGCACGUAAUAGCGCGAGAAAACGAGGCUCCUCCUUUUCGCUCGAGCAUUUGGAGGUUGGAAGAAGACCAUAAAUCUUGGAGAAAACAAUGCGAGGGGCUGGUGAGCAGUACGUCAAAGUGUUGUAACUAUGAACCCAAGGCCUUUGGUACACCCUUUCUGCAUCCACAGAAGCCGGAAAUUGUCUACUUCUACGGAAUCCGUGAUGCAAAUGUUGUAUUGUGCAGCGAUUUGAGGAAGGAAGUGGUUGAGUUGUUCGCCAAACCAGAAGGGUCAGAAGAUGUCCUGUACUCUCUGGUGUUUUCUCGUUGGGCUACUCCGAUUCCGAAUUUCGAGAAGUUGCGAGCCAUGCACAAGAGCAGUAGUGAUCCUAUUCCAAAGUACAGAGAAGUUUCUGGGCAUUGUGUUCCUGCCAAGGGUCUCUUGUUGGGCUGCUCCAGUUCCAAGAAAGAAUAUCAUCAACUACGAAUCGCCUGCCACUCCAGAUUCAAUGGUCUGAACAUCCUGGAACUGCAUAAGCUCGAAAGAACGUUGGAAUCUGUUAUGACCAUUUUCUUUGUCGUUAAUCAGUCAUUGCAAAUGUUUUUGGUGGAUUAGUCGGGUCAUUUUUGUUAAUCUUAGCUUUGUACUUGCUUCUUUACUUCUUCCAUGCUUAGGUCCAAGGACCGCAGAUGAGUCAAAACACUUGAAUCUGUAAAAUUUUGUACCAAUUUGUGUCAAACUUCCUUUUUUGUUGGCAUUGAAUACAUUGCUUUCAUACUAUAUUUCUAUGUCACGGGUUUUCAUGGAAUUGUCUAAGAGUGCCCUGCAGCAAACCUCCUAGGCCUGUUUUGAUUCAUCUGCAGUCCUGCUACUCUUAACUCGGUUCCACAUAAACAAUUCUCCCUUGCUGCCCUCUACUGUUUCUUUUGUGUAUGUUUACGUAUUAGUGGUGCUGCAAUUCUGAUGCUCCUGGCUGCUAUUUGGCCCUUAUGUAGUUAUUCCAUUUUGUUGGUGACCUUAGUCAGAACCCUUCUUUUCCUAGCUUCCUUUGUUUUUCUGCUGCUGCAGCUGCGCUUUUUUCUUCUCAUGCUGUAAUUCUGCUUCUGUACUUUUUUUAAUGCUGCCGCUUCUGUAUUAUCAUGAUUUCAGGUUGCUCCAGGGCCACAAAAAGGCCUUACAUCUUUCACUCAUCCGUCAAAUUCCCUCCGUGAAUCUCAAGAGGUAAGAUUUGAGUUGGGUUUUCUGUUCAAUGACGAGGGUUAUGUUCAGUUUCUUCUUCUACCAUUGAAAUCUGAAAGCUGGCUGCUGGAUUUUAGCCCCUAUUUUGCUUAGUCUCAGUUGGUUAUGCUCUGUGUCUCCUCUUCCAUUGAUAUCUCGACGACUGAAUACCUCCUUCUGCUUCUGUCUUUGCCUUCCCUACCCCUCUGUUUCUUUUGUGUCAAACAAGGAAUAGCAGAACCCCAAUGAUGGAGAUGUUUCAACCAUUACUACAAUUGCGAACUUAGCGCCUCUGGAGUUGCCCCUCCCACUCAUCUGACACCCUCACGCUGAAAUAUCACACUACAGCAGGAGUCAAUGAUCUCAACUCCUAAAACUGUAAGGAUUGCGUUGAGAUAGGCGCUUUUGGUGAUGAAACGUACAUGGCAGCUGCUAAGAAACCAAGUCAGAUCAUCAUUUCCAAUUCAUUGAUGUUGAGGCUGCAAGGAGGAGUGCUCGCCCGAGAAAUCAAAACCCGAGCAUCAAGGCUUGGGUCGGUUAGAUGGAGAUUUACAAAACGAACCGGAAACGAACCGGCCCAUGCCAUGGCCCAUUUGAAUUGUAAUUGGGACAGCACAGAUCUUUGGGUCCACAGGCCCUCUUUGGCCAUCCUUUCUUUUCUUGAGAAGGAUGGAAUAAGAGCUGAAUAAAACACAGAUUUCUAUAAAAAAAAACUAGAUCGUCCAGAGCGGAAAAGAACAAAUCAACCCUAAAGCUGAGAAGAUUGUAAAUCUGGCAUGGAUUGAUUGAAAGAGAUGGGUUGCAAAUCCCUAAUCUGGAACUGAUGUGCAGAAUUGAAUAGUAAGAGAGAAGGAGUCAAAGGAAGAAGAAUAAAAGAAAAGUAAAAAAGUUAUAUUUUA